AUGGCGACCAAAGAUGACCAAUCCUUCCUCUCCGUCGUUCAUGCUACUGACGACUUCCCGUACGACCCAGCGGCCCAUCAUGAAUACUACGCCUUGUACCUCCCACAAGACGACCAGCCUCAUGGCUAUCUACUGCCCGAGGUCGUAGCCAAAAUGCCAUGGACUUCAUCCUUCCACAUCCAGCACGACCAUCCCCGACGAGUCACGGUGCUGGACAGCUCCAACGGCCGUCGCACGGCAGAAGCCAUCAACAGCGCCCUCCAAGAAGUCAUCACGUCCGCCAUUGAGCAGAAGCGAUUCCAUGUCUUCAAUGGCCAGCACUCCGAGCCCUUCGCCAUUGCCGGAGCGAGAUACGACGGUCCGGUUCAGCUCGAACGCUUUGCUACUUCUCUCUUCGGCAUCACGACCCGCGGCGCCCACAUGAUCGCAUACACGCAUUCCUCGGAGGAGGGGAUGAAACUCUGGAUCUCGAGGAGAUCACCGCAUCUCUACAUCUGCCCCGGAAUGUUGGACUCGACCGUUGCGGGAGGCGUCAAGUCUGGCGUGUCACCUCUCGACACACUCAUCGAAGAGGCGGACGAGGAGGCGUCGCUCCCAGAAGACCUCGUGCGCAGACUGGCCAAGUGCCGCGGUGUGGUGUCUCAUAUGUCUGUGACUGGCAGCCUGUUCCCAGGCGAGAAAGGUCUCGUAUGUCCCGACUAUGUGUACGUCUAUGACAUGGAGCUGCCGGCGGAUGUGAUUCCCAGACCGCACGAUGACGAAGUGAGUGAAUUCUCCCUCAUGGGCGUGGAAGAAGUGCGAGACGCCUUGUUGAAGGGCGAAUUCAAGCCGGAUUCAGGAGCUGUCGUGGUCGAAUUCUUGGUCAGACAUGGUGUCAUCACUCCGGAGAAUGAGCCGAACUUUGUGGAGAUCAAUAUGCGACUGCACAGGAGACUGCCAUUCAGGACGGGUUGAAAAUUCAGAAGACCAUGUGACUCUCCCUCAGUCUCACGUCGUGAUCAGACGGCGGAAUCUGACUCAGAAGACGCAUCGAGCACAGAUAGAGGUCUGACUGGACUGACUGUUCCCUACAUGAUCGACCUAUCCUGGAACUAGCGCCACCAGGGCACCCCAUCUCAUCAGACCAGCUCUCUUUCCAAUGUGCCCGAAUCCUUUGUGCCUCGCCGACUCGCAUUAGCAGAACUCUUGACAUGCGCCACCUGCUCAAUGUCUGUGCGUACCACAAUCUGGCCGAGAUUCACGUCACAUCUCCCUCGUGGAGCAUCCGUCGUGACCGACUGAUCAUCUUUCGCACAACCCAUUUCAAUCUCUUCCACACACUCCAGCAAUUGCGGAUCUUUCGUGCGUCUCGAAGUCUUCUCCACCAAAGACUUGUUGACCGUCGAGAUGGACACCUUGGACGAAAACUUCCCGCCAAAAGAACCUUGUCCGGAGUUAGACUUGCACACGUAAGCAUAUCCCUGGCUUUUCCGAUCCUGUUUGUUGCGAUCUUUUCCUCCUCCUCCUCCAGACCGACUGCCAUCACUGAAGCCGGUUGAUCUCCCGCUCGCGUACCCCGUUGCGGCCUUGAACAACCUGGGAAACAGACAGCGCAGAGUCGGCAAGCACGAACAGAUGAUGCCGACGUUGAUUUCCACGCUGGACCAUAUCAUCACCAUGGGAUUCUGAUAGCUUGUAUCCUUGGUCUCCCACAGUUUGAUCAGUGACGGAAGGCGGAG